ACGCGCGUCGAUCAACGUUCAUUUUACCUUCCAUUUACCCUUGAGCAGACUUUUUGGUUUGUAUUCAAGCCUCGAUUCAUUUUCUAAGCAACAAAUAAAGGUAAGAAUAUUGUCUAUUUCAUUAUGAAUGUGUCGUGUAACUUGUAGUUGCGUAUAAAGCAUCACAAGUUAUAAAAAUACACGAGUUUAUUACCCAUUCUGAAGGGCAGAUUGAAACUUGACCGUUUGAAUACGAAGCUACUUCCAUUAACAGAUUAUUUGAAAUUUUACUCGAUAUUCCUUCCAUUAUUACAGGUAGCGUUCGGGAAUAACAAAAUAUCGCCUCGCCAUUCACUGCAAGGCGUUCGUACUCGGCGAGGAAAGAAAAAUUACGCGCAAAAUUGAAUUUGAUUUCAAAAGGGUGUUGUCUCUGAUUCGAUUUCCUUGUGUCGUUUAGAUGUGACACGCAUUUGCUUGAGAAAAAGCUCAUCUAGCUUAGGGUUGAUAAGAAUAAGUGUAGUUUGAGUAAUGUUGCCGUAAUAUUGGCCAAAAUAUCGGCCUUUUGAUAUAAACAUAAAGAUAAGAAUAAAAAAUCAAACAAAGCACAUGGUUUUGGCGAAUUCAGAAACGCAUUCCUCGUUCGGCUUGAUUGAGUCUGUUUUAUUGCGAACCACAGUGGGCCUUUAUAAUAAUGCUCAACAAUGUAGAAACGUUUUUGCUUAAUGAUUUAUAACAAAAUAUGGAAAUAAGGUUUAUGUUGAUGAAAUAGAACACAAUUAUCGUGUUUUUAUGUUGCAAGAACGAGUUCUAAUUUCUUCUAUGCGUUCUAAAUGUUUGACUUUUCGAAGAUUGCGACAACUCCUUGUCUGUGUUGUUUUUUCAUUUCCAUAGCGGCGAAGCCUUUAUUUGACUCGCCGUCGUUUACUAAAAGCAAAUAGAUGAUCCAUACUGACUGCUUUUGAAUAAUUACCUUUCGCGUUUUUAAUUGUAAUAGAGUUUUAAACUGGUCGUCGCUUUUUUGUGAUAUAUAUAUAUAUAAGUAUUUCUAGUCUAUACACUUCGUGUUUGGGCUAUCCGGCCUUCGCACAAGCAGCCUAAAAGAGAAACUUUCUUUUUGUUUGGGAUUCAAGGAUUAAAACCGCGAUAUUAAGGCGUUUCCUUGGCCACAAGCCGUGCAUUAGUUGUAUUUAUUUAGCAGCCGCCGUGGUUGCUUCGAAGAAUGAUUGUUCUACAUUCAUAAAAAAAAUCCUACUGGAAAAGUCGUUUUAAAACGACAUUUUGCGAAUGUUUCUGCGUAAUGAUUUUGACUUUUGAACUUGCUUUCGAGGAGACCCACACCUGUCACAGGAAUUCGAUUUCAAAACGAACUCUCAUUUCAGACGAGGUGUCGAGUUUCAAAAGCGGAAAAAAGUGAGUUUCGCUUCUGCUUUGGCUCGCAAAUGAUUCCCUUGGGGCGUCUUUGAACUAUCCAUGUUUUAAUACAGAGCCGCAUCAGCUAAUUUUCACAAUGCAUCAAUAAUAUAAAUGGGUAGGCAAGGCAGGUGUUGCCUAUGUUUUGGCAAAAGCUGAUUUAAAAUGAUAUUUUCAAUACGAGUUUGACUGUUAAUAUGUUUUAUAUUGUUUUAUUUUUGCAGAUGAGGAAUUCAAUCGUUAUUUUGUGUAAGUGUCAUGGAACGUUUUGUGCCUAUUUUCAGCAUUGUUAAAAAUUACAGUCAAUUUAUAUGUUCCCUGCUCCAUUAUUUUACUCUGUCUAACGCCAGACAAUUUUACUCUGUCGAACGCCAGACGAUUUUACUUGUCAGGGGGAGAAUACUGCCACUUGAUAGGUUAAUAUGAGCUUUUCUGGGCCAAGUUUUCAAGUAUAGUUUUGAAUGUUCUUAAAAAACAGAAACUCCUUGUUUUCAGUUUCUUACAAGAACUGCCUUGCCCUAAAACAACAAUAUCUUUUCCGUUUAUAGGUUUUGUGGUCUGUGUGGUAGCAUAUACACAUGCACAAUCACCAACAACAACAGGAGUAGUAAAACCUACUACUAAAAGUAUUUUAGUUUACUUAAUUUGAUUUUAUAUCUUGAUGGUACCCAGUGCCGUAGCCAGCCUGACGAUUCAAUCCCGCUAUGCAAGUAUUGCCAGGUUUAUAAACUAUCAACAUAAUCAAUUUCUAAAGAAAUGAAUAAUGAUGAGUUGAAAUUUGCAUAGCGGGACCAAAUCGUCGGGCUAGCUAUGCCACUGAUGGUACCUCCCCCACAGGCGUUUUGUUAUUAACUAAUUUGUGCAGGCGCAAGGAUUUGGGGGGGGGGGGGAGGGGGUUGUGUGUGGUUUUUCUGCAUUGCUCAAAAUGCCUGUGGUGAAGUUAGCUUUUGAUGCAACCAGCAACUGAUUUACUAAAGACAGGCACACACAAUACAAUUUUAGUAAGCUGAUUUUUGGCUUGAGUGUAUGAUGCUUAACCAUUAAGAUGCACUUCCCCACUGACCAAUACAAAAAGGAUCAAAGAUAACGAGCCCACAAAUCAUACUACUGACCUUUUUUUGGUUUAACAUGCAUCUAAACCAUAAAUCAGCAGGCUAACAUAUGUGAUCCAUGUUUUAAUUAAGUUCAACAUUGUAAUGUUUACAUCUCGAAUGGGGCUUGUUGACAGCUUGCUACAAGCAAGGCUAGAAGGUUGUUGAGCUCAACAGACUUGUUAACAAAGUUGUGAGUGAAAACUUUGUAGCAACUUAAUAAAAUAACAGCAUUGUUACAAGCUUGCUACAAGCCUGUUGCAAACACAUCUUGUUGAGAAGUUGUGAGAUUUUUAUCUGUGUACCAUAUAUAAACUCUUUGCAAUGAUUAGGUCCAGCUGGAUUGACCACAAAAAGCCCCAGCGGUGCACAAACAUCACCGCCAUCGAGUGGAUCACCAGCGUCAAGUAAGUUAUGGACAGAAACACUCAGUCUUGUUAAAUUAAAUAUUUUUGCCUUGGUAGCAUAAUUCCAAAGACUCUGGCCAAGAUUUGCUUUUCGAUCAAAGUGCAAAAAAAAUUUUCUUGGUAAAAUUUAUGUCAUCUUACAUAAGCAGUAAAGUAGUACAAUUAAAUUCAAACAAAUCAUCUUUUUAAAACAAAAUGUGACUGUAUUUUUAUUUUGUUCUGUCUUAAGUACCAGAUUAUUUUACUCUAUAUAUUGCAAUAUAAGUUGAAAGUUUUUUUGUAAGUCUGCACAAUAAUAAUGUAAUAUGUCUUAGGCAUAUAUAUCUGCACCUAUUUUGCAAAGUGUGUGAUCUGUAUGCUCAGACCCCUACCCAAUAAUUGCUGCAGAGAAAGCAAGCUUGAAGCAGGCGAGCAAAGCAGCUGUCUAAUAUGUGCAGAUAGGAGUCUGUUCAGUAAAUUUUCCUAGCGUGUUGCAUUGUGGUUCUGCUCGGUUAUUGUGCGUAGUACACAUCCACUUGAUUGGGUCCUUUGACUCACUACACUACAGACUAGUAGAUUAGUUUUGGUUUCUUAGUUUAAUACUGUCUAUAUGUGGUAAAUGCACCUACCAGUAUUAGACUUAAUAUGAAAUCUGACAGGAAAAACUUUUGUCAUAUAAUUUACCUGUACGCCUUAAUUAUUAUUAUGCUUUGUCGUUUGUAUUUAUACAUGCACUAUUAAAAGCAGUGCAUAAUUCAACAGAUUCCACUUGCCAGCACUUGGUCUUGGAAAUAUUGUAUACUCAUGCUAUAUGUCUUAAGAAUGCUAAGUUACAGUUUCAUGAAAACCUUAUUUCAACCUUGCAUCAAUGUUUAUUCAAAAGUGUCUGGAUGGUUUUCAACAGCACCAUGGCUGCAAUUACUACAUGUAUUUUUCUUGAAUAAUUUUAGCCAACAAUGGUAGCAGCACUCCCACCAAGCCAGCAACAUCAAAACCUACAAGUGGUGUAGAAAGUUCAAGCGCUAUCUUUGGUCUUGUUCUCGCUUUCGCAUUUUCAUGGUAUGUAGCAACUUUUUAUAAUUUUUUGACAAAUAAUGGUAAAUUUGCUUUGUAAAUGGUUAGUUUAUUUUAAGAUUGCUUGUGAAUGCAAAUAAAAAAAUAAUUAUUACAGUUGAUUGCACACAACUUUUCCCUAAAUGUUGCAAACUUAGUUCUAAAGUUGGUUGCAAAGUUCAAUCAUAUUCACAAACCAUUUGUAAACAAUGCAUUUGAUUGGCUUCUUAUAGUUCAGAGGCCAAUCAGUGGCUUUGUUUACAAUUCAACUUGUGAAUUUCAAUUUGAAGUUCACAACAUUUAGGGAAAAGUUGUGUGAAAUAGACUGUAAAGAGCACUGCCCUUAGGUACUGGUCAUAAAGUAUGGGGAGGGGGGACUAGUGAUGGGCGAUACCGAGUACUCGGUAUUCGAUACCAGCGAUACCACAAACAGCGGUAUCGAUUACUGACGUGGUAUUGUUCGAUACUUGCACCCUGUUUUAAACGACUUGUUUAAUUUCACUUCUUGGUUGAAUAAGACUUAACCAACUAAAAUAAGUCUUAAUAUUCCAAAUGUGGUGCGCCAAGUCAUGUAUAGAAAAUAUUUAUUAUGUUUCAGGUUUUUUUUUACAUAUAGCUUUGUUUAGAUUACAUACAGUAAUGUAAAAUGUUUUUCCGCUGACCGGCAGGUAUCGAAAGUAGCCGAUACUAGCAAUUUAAGUACUCACUUCCGGUAUCGAAAAUUGAAAUUCUGUGUUCAUUUUGGUAUCAAAAUAGGUAUCGGUAUCGGCCUUUUGGUCGCGUUGAAUGCAAUUAAGACAAUAGAUAAUGAGAUGAUAAACCUCAUCAAGCUUCAUUAUCUAUUGUUUGAAUUGCAUUCGACGCGACAGGAAUUCGACGUAAAAAACAGGCCUUAGUGAGUGCUAGUAAUCAUUAGCCUUUCUCGCACCGCCAUUUUUGGGGUACUGUAAUUUUUCGUAAACGAUUUUAGCAAUGUGAAAAGCAAUAUUUCAGAACAAACUAACUAUUCACAGAGUAAAUUUACCAUCAUACACCCACAAAAUUAUACAAUGUUGGUGUUAUGCUCACAGAAUUGGCAAAAAAGUACUCCAGAAAUGGCGGUGUGAGAAAGGCUAAUUUGAAAUUCUAAAUUUUGAGAGAGCUCUGCUAUUCUGAAACAAGUGAAUCUAGCAAGACUAAGUUGAAAUAUUUGGCAUAUUGUAACCCCCUAGUAAGAUUUCAACCAUCACUGUUUUUCAUGAAUUGUUGAUAAAAUCAUAAUGUGCAUGUAAAAUUAUGUCUGGAGUAAUGAACUGUAAGUAACUAAAUGUAUGUUUGUUGUUUCUUUUUCAGCCUCGUCAAAAACUUGUAAUUACCCCGAUGCAGUAAAAACGUUUACUUGUAUGAUAAAAAACACUAGUUUUUAUUACCGGAUGAUAUAAAUACAUGUAUUCCAAUUAUUUGUGACGUUAUAGAAUUCUGCAUGUGUAAUGAUGUUUCAGUUAGAGAAAUUACAAGUUAAAUAAUGUUUGGUAAAAAAUGUUUGUUUUGUGUGUUUUUGCAUCUGCAUAAGGCGUAAAAAAAUACCUGUGGUUCCGGUUCCUGACCGACCCUAUUUUUUUCAGCCGAC